AUGGCUGAUCUUCAGGAUUUGGACAGGCACCUAGCCUCACUACAGGCAAGUCCUGCAACACUGGCUGUUCUCAAGGACCUUCAUACCCAGGCUCUCAAUGAGCCCCCGUACGUCAGCACAGAUAGUCAACCUGCUUCAGUGGCGCUGGAAAGAUUCGUGGCCCUGGAGCCGGACAAGUGCGCUCUGGUUUACCUCCUCCUGCGCGCUACGGGGGCAAGACAUGUCGUCGAGGCCGGGACCUCUUUUGGCGUCAGCACUAUCUGGCUUGCCCUCGCCGUAGGACAAAAUGCAACAGCACAAGGUGCCAAUGGCAAAGUGAUCGCUACAGAGAACGAGCCUGUCAAAGCCAGGAAAGCUCGAGAGCACUGGAACAGGGCGGGGCCUGAGGUUGAAUCCUGGAUCCAACUUAGAGAGGGUGACCUGCGAGAGACGCUGAAGACUGAUCUGCCUGAGGAAAUUGACUUUUUAUUACUUGACAUCUGGUCGCGGCUUGCGAUGCCUACACUCGCUCUUGUGAAACCGCAUCUCAAACCCGGCGCCUUGAUCGUCAUUGACAACAUCAUCUCUGGUCAAGCUGGUUACAAGGAUCUGAUUGAGCAUCUGGACGAUCCUAAGAAUGGGUUCAAGACAACCACGGCUCCAUAUAACGGUGGUUUGCGAGUAGCUGUAUACCUGGGUCAUUAG